CAUUGCAUCCACUUGCCCCGCUCUCUCGAUGAAGCCGCUCGAUCUCCCAGAAGACACCAAGUCUGACCAACUAACCAUCGCCCGCCCCAUUUGACCUCGUCUUCCUCCUGCAAGUAUCCCAACUCUUCUCUUCCCAAGCUACCUCGUCCAAGAACGAGAGGCGGCAAAGAUGUGGAGAUCACUGUGCCUCUUGCUCUCCCUCUUGGCCUCCGCCGCGGCCCCGGCCGCGGAGGCGGCUACCUGCCCCUUGGACCUGACGUACGUCUCCACCUACCGCUGGGACUCCUCCUCCUGUGUCGCCGCCAACACCAACCACAGCGACUGCUGCCAAAGCCUCCUCAGCGUCUACGGCAUCGGCGCCGCUCAGCGCCUUCGCGACACCGGCCUGUUCCGCCUCCCCGACGACGCCACCUCCGCCGCCUGCCUCGCCGAUCUGCAAGCCAACCUCUCCGCGCCCCCCCUCUCCCUCCCCUCCUCCAUCGUCUCCGCUUGCUUCCCCUCGCCCAGCACCUUUGUCACCACCUGCGCCGGCGUGUACACCCGGGCCGACUGGACCGCCCGGCUCGGCAACGCCACCGAGCUCGACAGCGCGUGCGACGCAGACCUCACCGACCUCUCCCGCUGUAGCAACUGCCUCAACGCGGGCAUGGACGUCUCCUCGCGGCUCAGCGCCGUCAACGGCAACACCUCCGACGACACGACCUGCUUCAAAGUUACCAUCCUGUACGCGGCCGGCGUCGUCAACCGGUACGGCCCCAAGGACCCCCGCGCCGGCUGCAUGUUCGGCUUCCUACAGCCCUCCCCCUCCUCUUCCGACCACGACUCCUCCAGCUCCCACUCCGCGGCCGUCUAUGCCUCCGUGUUCGCCGCGAUCGCCCUCGUCCUCGCCUCCGGCUCCCUCGGGCUCUUCCUGUGGCUUGCCCGUCGUAAAAGGAAGACGAUGAGCGACUCCGCGGCCUGGGAGAGGAGCUCCAGGUUGUACCUCAGGCCCAACACCGGCUCGAUCUGUUUCGACAUCAAGGAGCUGGACAAGGCCACCGCCAGCUUCUCGCAGCGCAACCUCAUCGGGCGCGGCGGGUUCGGCGUCGUUUACAAGGGCACGCUCUCCGACGGGAGCCUGGUCGCCGUCAAGAAGGUGCUCGAGGGGUUAGACGACAGCGACGAGGAGUUCCGCAACGAGGUGGAGAUCAUCAGCCACUUGCGGCACCGGAAUCUGGUGCCGCUGAGGGGGUGCUGCAUCACGGAAGAGGACAGCGAAGAGGGCAAGCAGAGGUACCUGGUCUACGACUACAUGCCCAACGGAAACCUCAACGACCACAUCUUCGGCUCGAGCAUGGGCGCCAAUGGCGACUCCGGGAGAAGAGCGCCCCUGACAUGGCCGCAGAGGAAGACCAUCAUACUGGACGUCGCCAAAGGGCUGGUCUACCUGCACUACGGGGUGAAGCCCGCCAUCUAUCACAGGGACAUCAAAUCCACGAACAUCUUGUUGGACGGGGAGAUGAGGGCGCGAGUGGCCGACUUCGGACUGGCGAGGCAGAGCAGGGAGGGGCAAUCGCACCUCACCACCCGGGUCGCCGGAACCCACGGCUACCUCGCGCCGGAGUACGCCCUCUACGGGCAGCUGACCGAGAAGAGCGACGUCUACAGCUUCGGCGUGCUGGUGCUGGAGAUCAUGAGCGGCCGGCGCGCCCUGGACACGUCCGUGGCGUCCAACCUGGUGCUCGUUACGGACUGGGCGUGGACGCUGAUCAAGGCCGGGCGAGCGGGGGAGGUGUUGGACGCGGCGCUGACGAGGGACGACGGCGACGGCGACGGCAACUCCAACCCCAAGGGGAUCAUGGAGAGGUUUGUGCUGGUGGGCGUGCUCUGCGCGCACGUCAUGGUGGCGCUCCGGCCGACGAUAAUGGAGGCGCUGAAGAUGCUGGAAGGGGACAUCGAGCUGCCGGUGAUACCAGACCGGCCGCUGCCGCUAGCCCUCGCCCAUGGCUCCGUCUUCGGCGAAGGAAACACCUUCACCGCUUCACCUACUCUCAGUGGCCCUCGUCUCGACACAGGAGACAUGCUCAGGUAACUCCUCCAUCUCUAUCGCACUCAGGAUUGGAGCACAUUGAAGGCCAAUUCAAGGGAAGAAAAGAAAGAGAAGAAUGGCUUUCACUUGCAGGAGGCAGAUUCUAUGUAAAUCCUGUCACUGAAACUUGUCUACUGUAUCAUCUCGAGUUUAGCAUGACAGACUUUGAACUCCUCAAAUGUGUUUAUUCAUCAGUAAUAGAUAGAAAUAAAAGCUAUUCAUCAUUUAACA